ACAACAAGGAUCACAAAAUAUAGUUAAACAAACAACACAGAUAUAUGCACAUAUACAUACAACAUACUGAUACUCUGAAAUUAUACAUAUAGAUAUUGUUAUUAUCAUAACGCUACCGCGAUUGCAGGGUUUCGCAUCGCAGAUUUUCGACUUCUUUUUCCGGUGAUCUUUUGAAGCUACGUUUCCGCCGCUCCAGAUCUGAAUUCUAAUUCAAUUUCAACAUGUUUUGGCGUAUGACCGGCUUGUCCACCACUUCUCCGGUGGAGACAAUUAUGGACAAGGAAAAUUUUACACUAGAUGAGCUUUUAGACGAGGAUGAAAUAAUCCAAGAAUGCAAAGCUCUUAAUAACCGGCUCAUCAAUUUUUUGAGGGAGAGGACUCAGGUUGAACAACUUGUUCGGUAUAUAGUGGAAGAACCUCCCGAAGAUGCAGAGAAGGCGAGAACAUUUAAGUUUCCUUUUAUCGCUUGUGAGAUCUUUACUUGUGAAGUUGAUAUCAUUCUCAAAGCCUUGGUUGAGGAUGAGGAGUUGAUGAACCUGCUUUUCUCGUUUCUUGAACCAGAACACCCUCAUAGUGCUCUACUGGCUGGCUAUUUCAGUAAAGUCGUUAUAUGCCUUUUGCUGCGAAAGACAGUUCCCUUAAUGAACUAUAUUCAAGCUCAUCAGGAUAUCAUGAAAAAACUGGUUGACUUGAUAGGAAUUACAUCCAUCAUGGAGGUUCUUAUUCGUCUGAUAGGUGCUGAUGAACAUCUUUACACCAGCUAUGUAGAUUCAAUGCAAUGGCUAGAAGAUACAGAUGUGUUGGAGAUGAUUGUUGAUAAGUUCAGUUCCACGGAUUGUCCUGAAGUGCAUGCCAACGCAGCAGAAGCGCUUUGUGCUAUAACAAGAUACGCCCCCCCAGGACUGGCUGCAAAAAUAUCCAGCCCAAGUUUCAUAGCAAGAUUAUUUCGCCAUGCUUUGGAGGAGUCACGGCCAAAAUCAGUUUUAGUUCAUUCAUUGUCUGUAUGCAUAUCGUUGUUGGAUCCUAAGAGGCAAACAUCAGGGACAUAUUACAUUUACAACCGACAGUCAAGUCAUGGAUCUGUAGUAACAGCCAAACCUGAGACUGUGGAAGGCAUGUUGGAGAGCCUAGGUAACCUGUUAAAGCUCUUGGAUGUUUCAGCAGAAGGAAAUGUUCUAUUUACAACUUAUGGCAAGUUGCAGCCACCUCUUGGGAAAAAUCGCCUAAAGAUUAUUGAAUUCAUUUCAGUCCUAAUGAGUGUUAGUAGCGAAGCUGCUGAGAAGGAGUUGAUCCGCCUUGGUGCCUUAAAACGUAUUCUGGAAUUAUUUUUUGAGUAUCCAUACAAUAACUUCAUUCAUCACCACAUUGAGCAAAUAAUAGAUUCUUGCCUUGAAAGCAAGAAUGUUUCACUCAUUCAGCAUAUUCUUGAAGAUUGUCAGCUUGUGAAGAAAAUUCUUGAUGCUGAAAAAAUCGGUGCAUUGGUCGCUGAUCCAAACAAUCCAACAGUCCCUGCUGAAGGAAGAACCCCACCAAGGAUAGGAAAUGUUGGGCACAUGACACGUAUAUCAAACAAACUUAUUGAACAGGGGGCUAAUAUUAGCUAUAUACAGUCAUUUUUGCAGGGUGAUAGUGAAUGGGUAGACUGGCAUACAGAUGUACUUACUAAACGUAAUGCACUUGAAAAUGUCUACCAGUGGGCAUGCGGGAGACCUACCACACUUCAUGAUCGCGGUAGAGAUAGUGAUGAUGACGAUUACCAAGAUAGAGACUAUGACGUGGCAGCUUUAGCCAAUAAUCUAAGCCAGGCAUUCCGAUACGGUAUCUAUGAAAAUGAUGACAAUGAUGAGGCUCAUGGUUCACUGGAAAGAGAUGAUGAGGAUGUCUACUUUGAUGAUGAAUCUGCCGAAGUGGUGAUAUCUUCGCUUCGACUUGGAGAUGACCAAGAAAGUGGGUCGCUUUUCACGAACUCAAACUGGUUUGCUUUUGAGGAGGAGAGGGAGGUUCAUGAGCAAUCUACCAGCGCCGUAGCUUCACCCUCACCCAUCAACGAGGGUACUACUGGUGGUAAUGAUGGUGGUGACGAUGAGGUUACUUCCAGUGAAAAUAUUGAAACCUUGGUUGAUUCUGCAACAUCAGAAAUCCCUGAGUCAGAUACUGUUCCAGAGGAUACUACUAUCGGGAAGUCGACUGAUGAGUCAAGACCAAGUGAAGGUGAUAAGCCUGAAUGGAUUGAAUGGAGAGAAUCAGCCGAACCAUCCACCGAACCAUCGGUUAUGACAACCGAGUCUGCUGAAACAUCUCAGGCUGCAACCGAUAGUCUUCCAAAUGGUAUUCUUGUAGCGAAUCCACCGGCUGAUAUUGCCGAUGAUGUUCCAAACAAAGAGGAGGUUCCUCCCCUUUCUGCCACCGACAUAUCGGAGCCGGAUGACCACCAUGGCGUGGAAACUGAUAUUUCCACCUCGGCCUUAUCAGAGCCAAAGGACGCUAGUGGCAGCAAAAAGGAUGUUGGAGUAAGCCCACCAGAGUAAUACUGGCAAGAUUGAAGAUCGGUUUAGUUCAGUUUUUUAAAGCUGUAGCAUUGUGCUCAUAGGACAGGCAAAAUGCGACUUUCUUGUGUAUUUCAGAUUAAUCAUGUACAUUAUUGAUGGGGCAUACAGUUGGAAAUAGGGAUAAUGAUUCUUUCUCCCUCCAAUUGGAUUACAGUUUGUCACUCUGGUGAUGCGUAAAUGGUUUGCCAAUGGAGGGAUGCUCAUUUGAAGAUUGUUAUAAAAUGGUUGUAUGUUUAAAAAGUCAUGUGCUCCAUCGACUUUUAAUGUCUAAAGUUUUAUUAGUAAAUGAGAAGAAUAAGAUAAUUUCAUUGAUUGGACAAAA